AUGGCUGCGAACGAGACACAGAAGAAGUUCAACAAGAAUCAUCUGUUCCUCAAGAUGACAUUGCAGCUUCUUGUUUCUAUCUCUGUUCUCUCGCUCUUUAUUUCUUACUCCUCAGACUUGUCCCAUUUCCUCCAUUACUACUAUUGCCAAUUAGCAGCCAUGCUUUGCCCAGUUCUGACCCUUGAGAGAAAAUACAUGUUCCUUAUUUGCAAUGGAAUCAUCGCUUUUCUCGCCAAAACCUUUAGUUUUACCAGCUAUUCACCCUCCGGACCUAACAUUAUCGACACGUUCGUGACGAGUAAUGAAUAUGGUAUGAUGGCCGUACGUGAAAUGGAAGAACCAGUUGAACACAAGGAAGCUGCCAUAAGAGGGCUUUGUCAAGCUAUAAUCACAGAAACUGAUGAUGACAAAGAUGAUGGUGAACAAGUAGGAGGUGGGUGUUUGGUUCCAUCAUUUUCAGAAGAAGACGGAGGAAAUGAAGCGAACAUGAGCACAGACGAAUUGAACAGAAAAUUUGACGAGUUCAUAAGGAAGAUGAAGGAAGAAAUCAGGAUUGGGGCUCAACUACAACCAGUUGCUGUGCAAGGCAUCCUGAUACACUAA